GGACAAUUGCGCACGCGUCGCGUUCUGAGGAGGUCGGGAUGGCGUUGGGUGGCGAGAAACGUCCUUUCUCGGUUGGGCUAGCCUGACUCGUAUUCCCCGCUUCGAUUGACGCGCGCUCGGCUCCCAUGAGUCUCUUCUUGUUCUUACGUCCGUCUGGUCGGGAUGAUGCGAUGGUUUAAAGGACCACCGUCCCGACUCUGGGGAACCCGCAUCGUGGGUUCUGCAGGCCCCCAGAUUUGGAAGCGACCUUGAACUCAUUCGCAGCCUCGUCCGCCAAUAUGACCGGUUUCGCUCGCGCGAAGGAGGAUAGGCCGACGCCUUCGGAAGUUUACAACUGGAGGGUCUAUGCCUCUGCCUUGGUCAUCUCCAUGGGCGUGCUCGCCUAUGGCUACGACUCUGCCUUCAUCGGAACCACGAUCACUCAGAAGAGCUUCAAGCGCGACUUUGGGAUGGAUAAGAUGAGCACGAAGGAGCAGAACGAUGUGUCGAGCAACCUUACAUCUAUAUACUCUGCCGGCGGCUUUUUCGGCGCGCUCUUCAUGUUCUUCUCCCUGGAACUCCUCGGCCGUCGCAUGGCCGUCAUCAUCUCCGAUAUCAUCUUCAUCGUCGGCGCUAUCCUGUGCACUAUCGGCACCGCGCCCUCUCACUCUCUUGGCCUCAUCUACGCCGGACGUCUGCUCACCGGCCUCGGUGUCGGCGGCAUCGCAGCAGUUUCGCCAAUUUACAUCGCUGAAAUCUCGCCACCAGCUAUCCGUGGUCGUCUCACAGGUUUCUUUGAAUCCUUCUAUCAGACUGGUGCUGUGAUUGGCUUUUGGAUCAACUACGGCAUUGUCCAUAAUAUCGAUCCAACGAAAACGAUUGCAUGGAGAAUUCCAAUGGCAGUCCAGCUGAUCCCAGCUGGGCUUCUUGCGCUGAUGAUUCCGGUCCUGAAGGAGAGCCCCACGUGGCUGCUCAAGCGUGGCCGGGACGACGAGGCGUAUAAGGUGUACAGCUACAUCCGGAUGCUUCCAGAGAACCACCCAUACAUCGCCGAAGACGUGAAAUUCAUCAAGGACCAGAUCGCCAAAGAGCGGGCUGCGCUCACCGGCAACGAACAGGCGACGCUAGGGCAGAUCAUGAAGGGCGCGGCGAGGGAGAGUAUGCUGAAAGGGAUGCGCAAUCGCUUCGUGCUCGUCUUCCUCAUGUUUAUGUGGCAAGCGUGGUCCGGUGCUGCCGCCAUCAACUACUACUCUCCGACGAUCUUCAAGUCCAUCGGCCUGACGGAUGUCACUUUCUGGACCGGCAUAUACGGCCUCAUCAAGGCUAUCGGCUCCAUCAUCUUCUUCACUUUCUUCAUCGACAAGUUCGGGCGGAAGUGGCCAUGGAUUGUUUCCUCGCUCGCGUGCGCCUUCUGUCAAUAUUACCUGGCUGUAUACAUCGCUGUGGGCAAACCUAGCACCGAUGCCUCACAAUCCGCCUCCACUGUCGCCGGAGGUAAGGGCGCGACGGCUAUGAUCAUGAUAUUCGGCGCGACCUGGUCCUUUGGCGCGAACGGUCUCCCUUGGAUCAUCUCAGCUGAGAUCUUCCCGUCUUCGCUUCGUUCGAUUUCAGGUCCUUUUGCUGGCAUGAGUGUCUGGCUUUGGACUUAUGUCGUUACGCGAGCAUUGCCGAGUAUGUACACGAGCAUGGAAUGGGGCGUGUACGUGUUCUUCGCAUCGUGUCUGAUUUGCGCAAGUAUAUAUGCGUACUUCUUCAUCCACGAGACGAAAGGGCUGCGUAUCGACCAGAUGGACCAUUUGUUUGGAUUUGAGAGGCAGUCGCCGCUGGCUGUUCCGGACGGCAAGGCGGAUGACGUCAGUGAGCACGAGAAAGAGGCGCAUGUUGAGGUGGAUAGGAGGGAGGUUGCGUAGUGGCUGAUAUUCGUACUCUGAAGGAUGUAAGAGAAGCUACCUAGGCAUAAUGUUUAAGAAAGCAGUGUUGCUAAGCAAUGGUAGCGGGAUGCUUGAGGAAAUCGCUCAGAGUCGC